AUGCGCCCAUUAUCUUCAUUUCAGCGUCUGGCACGCUCCAUUCCCCGCGCCUCGAUUCCAUCCCUCCGACCCGCCGUUGCCUCGCGAUGCUUUUCAAUCUCCGCUCCCUCCUUCGACCGCACACCUCCGCGGGGCUGGACACCGACUCCAUUCGUGACUGAGACUGUUGGAGGUGGCUGGCACACAUACGACAUCUUUUCCAGGCUGCUCAAGGAACGUAUCAUCUGUUUGAACGGCGAAGUCGACGAAUCCAUGUCCGCCUCCAUCGUCGCCCAACUCCUCUUCCUGGAAGCCGAUAACCCCCAGAAACCCAUCCAUCUAUACAUCAACUCACCCGGUGGUUCCGUAACAGCAGGCCUCGCAAUCUACGACACAAUGACCUAUAUCGCCUCACCAGUAAGCACAAUCUGCGUCGGUCAAGCCGCCUCAAUGGGCUCUCUCCUCCUCUGCGGCGGCCACCCGGGAAAAAGAUACUGUCUCCCACACAGCUCGAUAAUGAUUCACCAACCCUCCGGUGGGUAUUUCGGACAAGCGACCGACAUCGCGAUCCAUGCGAAGGAAAUCCUGCGCGUGCGCGAACAGCUUAAUCAGAUUUAUCAGCGUCAUCUUACCGGGAAGAAUAAGCUUAGUUUGGAUGAGAUUGAGAAGCUUAUGGAGAGGGAUUAUUUUAUGGGGGCGCCUGAGGCGUUGGAGCGUGGGAUUGUGGAUGAGAUUCUUGAUCGGAGGGUUAAGGUUGAUGGGGUGGGAGAGGGAGAGGGAGAGGGGGAGAAGAAGAAGUAA